AUGGAGAAUCGUACGUGGAUCUUGUCUCCGCAGAUGCAGAAGCGAACUUCUUUUCCGGUGUUGGAACCGAGAACGUUUUCUUGGCGGCGUCCUGAUACAUUUAGUGAAAUGUUUGGCUGGUUGAUUGUGCUGCCUUUAUUUAUCCAAUUUUUCGAGGCAGGAGGACUCAACAAACAGUGUCGAGAAUUGCUGGCCUGCUCUAUUAAGAAAGAAUGUGUAAAUCUCCCAUGGUUGAUCAACAAAAUGAACGCAGAAAUUUCCGAGCAAAUGUAUAAUGAUAUUGAUGCGGCAACAGACUACGGAUGUAUCUUCACGACUGGAUGUCCCCGAGAAUGCACUGCAUGUUCGUUAUGCCAUAAUUCCAAACUGCAACUUUUGGAGGUACUUACUGGAUCAAAGCUGAAGGACAGUGUUCAAUGCCAUGAGUUGGUGAACUGUGCGACGGCAUGCGUGUCGACUUCCGGCAGUAACCUGUCCGCCAUAAACCACUGCCUUCGUCAUAUGUGUGCCUACCACUGUUUCAACGGUUCCUGUCCAAAAUGUGCGGCAUUUAUCACAAAGGUGUUCAACCAAAUGUGCGUUUCUGGAGAUUUUCGAGGACGAGUCAAAAGAUUCAAGGGUCAGUGUGCAGAGUUGUUUCGAGAAAUUGUGCGUGCAAAGUUUCGGAAACAGUUCGAUGAUCAGGAACGAGCUGACAGAAGCUGA